CCCGUCGGAGAUCUCAAGUUCAAGCUUCCCCUGCCACCGGAUACUCCGAUUUCAAGCUCUGAAGGAUCCGAAUUUGUCCAUUUUCCCGAUCGGAAAUUUGCCGUCGCCGCCAGGUACCGGAUGCAACUGCUUGUAUAUAUACACCGCGGCCGCCCUCUGAUCUCUCUGUAGAAGUUUUGUGAGGAUAAUUUUGGAGAUGGGGAGCAGCGGCGGCAGCGAUGUGGAAGCGGGGUUCGCGAAGCUUCAGGGAGAGGAUUUCGAGUAUUACAUGCAGACAUACUCCAUAAUCCUCGGCCGUAACUCCAAGAAAUCGACGGUGGAUGUUGACCUCUCCUCCCUCGGCGGCGGGAUGAACAUCUCCCGCCACCACGCCCGCAUCUUCUACGACUUCCAGCGCCGGAGAUUCGCUCUUGAGGUCCUGGGAAAGAACGGAUGCUUUGUUGAGGGAGUUCUUCACCUCCCUGGUAACCCUCCCGUCAAGCUCGAUUCUCAGGACCUCCUCCAGAUUGGGGACAAAGAGUUUUACUUCCUUCUCCCUGUUCGAAACAUCCUCGGCGGCCCAACUGGGCCGAGACAUCCUAUAAAUCCUAAUUAUCCGGUGGCCCCUGCUGUGGCUUCGGGGAUGCAGCCGCCUUACCAUCCCCAGCCCCAGCAGCACUUGCCUCCCCCUCUGGUGAAUGCCUAUGGCGGUGGGGUCGGAAGAAAGGGAUUUCAGAGAGGGAAAGAAUACUAUGACGAGGACUAUGAGGACGAGGUGGGUGACGAGGGUUUUAAAGCUAAGAAACAGAGGAGGGUUGAUGGCUUUGAUGGAAGUGGUUAUGGGUAUGGUUCUAGCGGCUCCGGAGGGAAGGUCUUAAUAGAAAAGAGGGUAGAUGGAAGAUUGCGUAUUGACAGAACAGAUGUUGACAAUCAACAACUGCUGCAACUGGAAGAAAAGGAUGUCGUGUCUUCCGUCGCUAAUGUGCUUUCGGAUCUCUGUGGUCCAGGGGAAUGGAUGGCAAUGGAGAAGCUUCAUGCUGAGUUGGUGGAACACUUUGGGAACAGGUGGCAUCACAGUCGAGUGAGGAGAUAUCUGACGUCUGAAGAGUACGCUACGGCUGAAGCAAAGUCGAAGCCAUGGUAUGGAUUGCUGAUGCUGCUGAGGAAAUACCCGGAGCACUUUGUCAUCAAUACGCGAUCCAAGGGACGUGUGGCUUUGGAAUUUGUUUCCCUUGUCUCCCUCCUCUCUUGACACCUUUUGUACAAUUAUUUUAGUUAGUCCCAUUGUAUUCUUGACUGUGGUUCACCUCAACCUGAUGGUGAAAAAUGAGAUUUUUAGUAUUUCCUUUCUUCUUCUUCUUCUUCUUCUUUUUGAGUGUUAGUUAUUGUCUGCUAAGUACAGAGUAUAUAGUAUAAAAACUUGUUUGGAAAGAAAACACCAGCAUAUAUUACUCCUUCCGUCCCUGAAUAUUUGUCCAUUUUUGAAUUUUUCGGUCAAAAUUAGUAAACUUUGACUUCAAAU